AUGGUGGGGAUGGCAGCGCUCCAGAGCUCCAUGGCGGCGCUUUCUCUCUCCUCAAGCUCCUUCCUGGGCCAGCGUCUGGCCCAGCCAAUCUCCGCUCCGUUGAAUGUGAGUCCUCCCCUCCAGUCUCCCCUCCCCUCUUCCCGAAAGAGAUACGGUCGGAGGAUGCCUCGCACACACCUGUGCUUGUCUCUGGUUAAGUUUUCUUAGUCGAAGGAGUCCAAUCCGGAAGAACUCGAUCUGGUUCAUCUGUCUCCCGCUGUAAGAGGAUACGAUUCUUCGAUCCACGGAGGAGAAUUUGGGGGCCCCAUGGAAAGGGAUGAAUAAUUAGCGCUUUCUGUUGGAAGGAAUGAUCGGUCUCUUCUCCGAAUGAAUCUGUUAUCUUCUGCGACGCAGAUUUAGCAGCGAGAUUUGCGUAUGGGUAAUUUGUUCCGGGGAGCCAUUAAGAUGAGCAACUCAAGCAGGCUCUCACAGAUUAUCACAUCUUUUCCUCCACAAGGAGGACUGUUAACAAGAACAGAGAAAAAUCAUUGAAUGGAGGAUAUUUUUUUCUCUUUCAGUGCGCGUUCCCGAUUUAGUCAAACACCCAAGAAAUGCAUAGCUCGCAUGUUUUUUGUUUCCUGAAUUCUGUUCAGAAAAAUGAAUAAGUAAAUAAAUAAAAACAUUAGAUAGUGGAAAAGAAGGCAAAUAUCUACAUCAUUGGUCAAGAACCACAUUUUUUUCUAAACUGUAUGUUAGAAUUUACCUUGUAUGCUUUAAAUGGGAGAUAUUUCCAGGUUUUCUUGCUCCCCCUACGAGCUACUUUCAGGAGAUAUUCCAAGAAAUGAACCGACUAUCACAUCUAUCCAUGCCUUUUUUAGGUUCUCGCCUUUAUGCCUGGGCAAUUUAAUCCUCCUUUAUUUUCUUUCUCAUUUUAGUUCUAUUUAAUAUAAUUCUAAAAAGAACAAAAAUCUCCAGUCCAGCCAAUGCACCAAUUUCUGUUCACAUACUCAUGGCUUAUGCCUCUGCAAUGAUAUGCAGCGUCCCAUGCUCAUUCAUUGCUUCUUGAAACGCCUGAUGUUUAUUCAUUUUCAGGUUAAGACUUCGGAUAUGACUGGUCCCAUUGUAAUGAAGGUCAGUUCUUCUUCCCUAAUCUCACGGGUUGUGAUCUUCCAUAAGGUUUAUUAAUGGGUGUUAAUUUCCUAAAAUAGCAGCCCAGCUGAUUCCCCUGCUGAGUUUUUGCUCUUGGGUGCAGCUUAAGCGAUGGGAAAGGAAGGAUUGCAAACCAAACAGUCUUCCUGUGCUGCACAAGAUGCACGUGAAGGUCGGCGACACGGUGAAAGUGAUUUCUGGCCAUGACAAGGGUAAGAUUGGGGAGAUCUCAAGGAUCUUCAAGCACAACAGCACUGUGAUCGUGAAGGACAUCAACUUGAAGACAAAGCACAUGAAGAGCAGAGAGCAGGGGGAGCCAGGGCAGAUUGUGAAGGUGCGACUUGAAUUCUCAUUUAAAACUUUUUGCUGCAUCAGGGUCAUGCAUGCACUUUCUAAUUAUGGUAAAUUUGUUCAUUUGGUUACCUACCUGAAGUGACGUCUUGUCUCUCAUGAUUUUAUUUUCCAAUUAUGGUAAAUUGUUCAUAUGCUUGCCUACCCAAAACAGCAUUGUGCCGUUCCAUGAUUAUUGAUGGAAACAUUCGGUAACUCAGCGUGGUAUUCAUAAUUUUGAACUACUAGUCCUCUGCUGUCCACCACAACCAUAAGAUGUUCAUGCAAGUCCCAGAAUGGCAGCAGUGGUGGUGAAAUGGUCGCCGGCAAGUGGGGGAGGGGGGGAAAAGGCAGUGACCUAUUCCGCCACCGCCAUCUGUGAUUUAGACAGAAAUCUUGAUCUUGGAUAAUACUAUAAAUGUACCAUGAUUUAAGAACAGCACAUCUAGAUUAAUUACCACAUUCAUCUCCUGGUCUGUAGAAUCCACUGCACUAUAUUUAUUAUUUUAUUUGUUUGAUUUUAAACUAAAUUCAUAUAUAUAGAUAUAUGAGAUUAAGCUCUUUUAAUUUAUAGAAUUAUCUUUUAAUGUGGACAGAUGGAGGCACCGAUCCACAGCUCCAAUGUGAUGCUGUACUCAAAGGAACAGAAUGUGGCGAGCCGGGUGGGGCACAAGACACUUGAUAACGGAUCGCGGGUCCGCUAUCUCGUAAAGACAGGGGAGAUAGUUGACAGUGUGGAGAAGUGGAAGAGCACAAUUAGAGAGAGAAACAAGGAGAAAGAAGCCAUAUCAUCUUGA